AUGUCGUCCUAUGGUACAUUGAUGCCUACCGCAGCACGCGGCUUUAUCUCAUCAUGUCGUCCAACUAUCCGGGAGUACCCAAUUGUUCCCGUUUUUUCGGUAAUUCAGCAGGUCCGAGGUCUCAAGAACAAGGGCAAGGGCAAGAGUCAACCAAAACCGGAUCGGAGAGGGCCUAAGGAAUUCCAACAGAAGAACUUGAAGGACAUGGAGCAAUUUGCUCUCUGUGAUGCAAUGCGGUAUCUCCGAGCAUUCGAGGUUGGCCGUGAACUCACCGCGGUGAAAUAUGAAUUGCACGUUCGAAUGCGAACAAGAAAAGACGGCCCUGUUAUUCGGAACAUGAUUCGAUUCCCGCACGCCGUUCAAACAGAAUCUCGUAUCUGUGUCAUCUGUCCCCCCGGGUCGAAGCAGGCAAAGGAAGCAAUUGAGGCAGGAGCAGUUCUCGUUGGUGAAGACGAGGUAUUUGAAGCUGUCAAGGCUGGCCAAAUCGACUUCGACCGAUGUCUUGCUCAUCCGGAUAGUUUGCCGGCAUUGAACAAAGCUGCAUUAGGUCGUAUCCUCGGUCCCCGUGGUCUGAUGCCAAGUGCUAAGACUGGUACUGUCGUGGAAGAUGUUGCUGCGCGUGUGGAAAUGCUUCGCGGAGGUACCGUUUACCGAGAGCGUGAUGCUGUCAUCCGCCUCCCGAUCGGACAGUUGGGAUUCUCUCCGGAGCAGUUGCGUGACAACUUGCGCACAACCAUUGAGCAGAUCAAGAAAGAUGCUUCAGGUCUCAAUGACCGCAUCAAUAAAGAGGUCUAUGAAGUUGUCUUGAGCUCGAGUCACGGCCCUGGCUUCAGCUUGAACGGAGAGUUCAAGACCGAUGACUCCCCUGAGACUGCUUUCUUGACCGGUUUGUAA